AUGUCUCCAAGCGACGGCGGAUUCCAAUCGGCUUCCAACUCCGGCGCAGCUAUGUCAAGAUGUAGCAGUGCCGUAGAAGAAGGCGCUUCCAACUCCGGCGCGCAUAUGCCCGGCGAGAAAUUUCUCCACUCCGGCGGCCAAGGGUACUCCGUACAAAGGGGCGACGGCGGAGUUCUACUUAGAUCUGCCAGCUUUGGCGGCAAUGGAUUUCCUGUACUCAGCUACGCCGGAGACAGAGGUGGUGUAGCCGUACAAGGAUUUGCCAUGGACGGCGUUCUGCAAUGGGCAGGCGUCCAAAGCGGAUCCAGAAGGGUGGAGUACAUGGAGCGCAGAGAAGUUGAAGGUGCAAGCCGGCCAGAGACGGUGCAUUCAGUUGGUCAACCGGUGGCACACCUACAUCAAAAUACAAGGUUUGGUAAUAUACCGAUGCAUUACCAACAACAUGUUUUGCAGAGUCCUCAAGGUUUCCCAAUGUUACUUCCAAAACAACAGAUUAACUUCCACGGAGGUAUUCAGCGUGUAGGACGUUAUCCAACAGAUGAAGCUUUUGCUAAUGGAGUCAAUAGUAAUUAUUGGCAUGGUUUCCCAGGUUAUAGUCCCUGGCAUCUUCAACACAACAAUCCAAUGGGAACAGUAGCUGGAUAUGUAGGUGUCAAUCCAUUGGUACAAGACCACAGAACACAACAUCUUGUUGAGGGGAAUGGAAAUUCCCAAAUGGAAAAGGAUACAAACUGCGGACUAAACGACAGUGCUUUUAACAAUGCUUCAUCAAAUGGAUACUUUUACAACCUUUUAAGUUCAACAGAAAUGACAACUGGCCGAGGUGAAGAGAUUGAAGAGAGUGAAACAGAGUUUGAUGAAGAUGAGGAAUACCACGACACAGACGAUGAAGGUUCAGAUGGAAUAUGUGAGGAAGAAACAACAAUGGAGUGGAUUUCAAAACCAGAUAAAACAGAGAGUGAAGUAGACAAGGCACUUGAAUUCGAAUUUGUGGAAGUCAAUGGUCAGCAAAGAGGAGCUGUCAAAAAGAGGCGGCGUUUUCCAAAAGGUUAUGAGGUACCAGACUGCAGGCCAGCGAGAGAAAUUAGAACUAUUGAAAAGACGAUGAGGAAUGCAUCGACCAGAUCUACGCGACACAUAUUUGAGCCAAAACUAGGGAUGAUCUUUGAUUCAAGAAUAGAAGCAUACAAAUUCUACAACCUUUAUUCGUGGGAAGUUGGUUUUGGAAUUUGUUUUGGUUCAUUUGCAAGAAACAGAGUAAACAAAAUGAGAACUAUGCAAAAGAUAGUCUGCGAAAGACAGGGUUUUGAUUCAAGAUGCAAGAGGAGUUCAACGAGAAUUCGUUGCAAGGCUAUGAUAACGCUUCACAGGACUGAGGACAUGGGUUGCAUGUAUGGUGGUAUGCAAAAUGUUCCUUUCAACCAAAAGUCUUUGAGGGCUGUAUGUUCUCAGAUUGCAAAGGACCAAAAGGAUGAUGAUAUUGGAAAGACAUUAGAAAUAUUUAGAAAAAUGCGAGAAGAAGACCCAGGAUUUCAAUUCAGUGUAGAUCUUGAUAGUGACAAAAAGUGCAAGGCAAUGACAAAGGCUAUCAAAGAAGUAUUUCCAGAUUGGACUACACAUUUAUGGUGCAAAUGGCAUGUUCUUCGUUAUGCACCAGAAGAAUUGGGACCAGUUUAUCGUAACAAUGGACCAUUCAGAAGAGAGUUUCAUUACGUGAUAAAUCAAAUGCUAACUAUUGAUGAGUUCGAGAAAGCUUGGGAUGAUCUGGUGAAGCGUUAUGGUCUGAAAGAAAAUGAAUUCAUGAAGAGGACUUAUGCAAAGAGAGAAAAGUGGGCAAAGCCAUGGGCUAGAGAAACAUUUUGUGCUAGGAUGGCUAGUACACAGAGGUCUGAAAGUGCAAACAGUAUUUUGAAGAAAUUCAAGAAGAUGGUCAGAAGUAUACAUGUGAAUGUGGACAGUACGAACAUUUUGGAAUACUAUGCUGCCAUGCUCUUAAGAAAAUACCUCAAGCACACAUUGAAGAGGUGGACUAGGAAUGCACGUGAUUUUGAGUAUCCAGAUGAGGUCUGCACUUCAGUGGGAGAACAGCUAGGUCAAAACCUAUUGUAUGCUAAUGCUCUGGAGGUGGUAAAGUCAACUGACAAGAAUCCAAAGGCAGCAGAAAUAUUGAUGAGGUACCUACAUAUGGCAAAGAAAGAGAUUGAUGGGAUGCCGAGUGAAAACUUGAGCAACAUGCCUGGAACUGAUGCUAGCAGUUCACCUGCACAAACUCCUGGGAUUGUCAGUGAAAGUGAGGGGAAAGAUCAGUCAGGUUAUGAAUCAAAUGCACAGCGAAUUGUAACAAAUACGUAUGGGGCCUCUGGUUCUAGUGCUUACAUGAGUGAUGCUGACAUCCAAAAUAUUCAGGCGCCUUUGAUUCCAGAACAUUUUGGUAGGCAGAGAGAAAAAAGGUUCAAACCAGUUUUUGAAAGGAAGAGGAAGGGAAGGAGCUACAGAGCCUCUGCUGAAAUUGGUGAAACUAGUAACCCUAAAGGAAAGACCAAGAAAUCAAAAAGGCAGGAAGGGUUUGGGCCACAUGACUGA